AUGGUACUGACGACGCCGGUAUUCCUCAAGGGCUGGAAGCAUGGGCAGCUCACGUCGGUAGGGUCAUCGGCUGGGGCCAGCUUGGAUAUCUGGCCGAAGGAGUUGGUGAUCGUUCUUGACGAACACCCAACAGGUAUCUUCAUGGACGGAAGCAAGCCCAGAAGAGUGAGGAUUGCGGGAUUCGCCACCUGGUUGGCAGUCGCUGUUCUUGUCGACCGUCGGGUCCCAUGCUCGGCGCCGGCGGAUCAUUUUGAGGCAAUCGAGAUACGUGAGCCUUCAAAACAUAUCCACGGUGGCCUCAGGAAGUCAAAUAUUCGGGCAGGUCCUAACCGGACGUCCCAAGGUGAAGUCGCUCCUGCCACUCUCACGGAGACCACUCCCCUUUCCCACUUUUUACUUCACCUCGGUUCCGCGACAAUUCGACCGCCUCAUUUCUCUUCCCCCAAACCUCUUCGCAGAUUUUCUCUUCUUCUAAUCCUGGAAGAGGACACGCGACAACCCCAUUUCCGACCAUACUUCUCUCCUUUCCAUCACCAAUAA